GCGAAAGAGGAAAUUAGAGUUAAAUAAAAAAACCAAAGUGAUGGAUUUAGCUUCUUCUUCUGCAUAGAUUCACAACUCACUCUUCAGUGGACACAACUUUUGGUUUUUUCUUCCUCUCCCUCUUCUUCUGUGUCAGAACAAAAAAAAAAAAAAAGAGUCCAAGGUUGUUCCUUUUUACAUAGAAAAAAGGAACACAGUCUAAGAUUGUUCCUUUCGAUUUUGUUUUUUUGGCAAGGCAAUGAAGGGUGGAGGGAAGAGAAAGGCAACCUCGGAGACUCCGAACGAUGCUUCUGUUUCUUCUGAUGCUGUGGGUUUGGGUGGUGAAGGUGGGGGUUCCCAAGUUGUGAACUUUGAGGAAAACGAGGGUACCCAGUUGCCGAAAGAGGGAGCUGAGGAACCCCAUGCAGAGGAUUCUGAAGGAGAGGGUGCGGAUGAGGGAGAAGAAGGUGAAGAAGAGGAAGAUGAAGAGGAAGAAGAGGAAGAGGAUGGAGAAGAGGAAAAUGGUGGCGGCGAUGGUGAUGCUCCUGCUGCUGUGCCUCAAGAGGGUGGACAAGGUCUUAUUCUUGGUGAUGGAUUCUAUGAAGUUGAAGCUAUUCGUCGUAAGAGAGUCCGAAAGGGUCAGCUGCAGUACUUUAUCAAAUGGCGUGGGUGGCCUGAGACAGCCAACACUUGGGAGCCCCCUGAAAAUCUAGAGUCUGUUCCUGAUGUUGUUGAAGCCUUCGAGGAGAGCUUGAGAUCGGGAAAGCAUCGUAGGCGCAGACGCAAGCAUGUGGUGCAUCAUACUCAACCCAAGAAGCGGCUGGAGCGUUCUACUACUCCCUACAGCCUAAGACGUUUUUCGACUAGUACAGCUGAGAAUCAUACUCAGCCUGCUCCUCUUAAUGAUCUUAGUAUUUCUGAUAUUCCUGCCUUUCCUCAGACUGUGAUUUUUGCUGAUGAGGUGGAAACUAAUGGUGAUGCCGGCAAUCUUGGACAAGCCAAGCAUGCUAAUGAUAAUAGGUCUGCAAAUGCUUCAGAGCAAAAUGUUGAAAGGAAUGAGGAAAAUGAUUAUGAUCCUAAGCUUAGUGAACUUCGGGCUACAACUACCAAUGGGUAUGAUACGGACAAGCUUGCCAUACAGUUUCAAGAAGCUAGGAUUUCAUCAGGCAAUAUUCGUCAAGUGGAUGGUCAAUCGAAGGGGGUUUCUGAGGAACCACCUCAAAGUGGCCGUUGCAGGGGAGCCAAAAGGAGAAAAUCUGGUUCUGUGAAGAGGUUUAAAAAAGAUUCAUAUACUGGUGAGGAGCCUGUUAAUGCACAAAGACCAAUUGGCAUGCCUGUUGGAACAGCUGAGCCAGCAGGAACAGGGAUUGCUGACAAUGGAGGUAAUAAUAGUCGUUACAAGACAGAUCAUGCUAGGCCUGCCAGCAACAUUGUGAAGAUUAUAAGGCCAGUAGGCUAUUCAGCUUCAGUAUCCAGUGGUACGCAGGAUGUUUUGGUGACCUUUGUGGCUAUGAGGUCUGAUGGAACAGAAGUGAUGGUUGACAACAAGUAUCUCAAGGCUUACAAUCCGAUACUGCUGAUCAAUUUCUAUGAGCAGCACCUUCGCUACAGCCCCACAUCGUGACUGAACUUGCCUAUAUGUAGUUAGAUUUUCAAGUGUUCAAACUUUGUAGUUAAGCUGUAGCAUGUACUCUUGUAGAUGCAGAAGAUAGUUAAGGGUAAGAAAUGCAUUGUUUGUUAACAUAUAUAUAGGUAUGAAUGACUAUUUAACCAGUUGUUGUCAGUGUGCUACAUACUGUGAUGAUGCACGCUGAUAGGCACCAUGUUUUACUGGGGAUGGCAUGAAGAACUUGAUAUUUUCAAUGCCUCAACAAAUGAAGAUAGGGAAUGGCUUUUUAAGAGUUGGUCAAGAACAAAACUCUAUUUUGGAUUAAUGUAAAAUUUAUGGAAGCUCUUAUUUACUUAUAAGCAAUUUGCAUUUGCCUAUUAUGUCCUGAUUCUACUAACCUUACACGGAGAAUCCACAAUUAAAUGUUAUUCUGUUAGGAUGAAUAUAUCUUAGAAUUG